AAAUCACCGAUCCGAAAGAAAAAAAAAAAAAAAAGGAGAAAAAAAGAAAGAGUAGCGAAAAAUGGCUCAGCUAGCUAGGAACGCCGGCCGCAUACUCUCCAAUACGACGCCGUAUCACCACCGCUCCGCCCUUGCCUCUAUCCACACCACCCUCCCUUCCCUCGCCGCAUCUUCCUCCUCCGCCCCCACUCCGUACGCGUCAGCCCCUCCUCCGUCGACCUCCUCCCCCGCCGGCUUAUCCAAGGGGGCGGAGUACGUGAUCUCGAAGGUCGAUGACCUCAUGAAUUGGGCCCGCAGAGGCUCAAUCUGGCCCAUGACUUUUGGAUUGGCCUGCUGCGCGGUGGAGAUGAUGCACACCGGUGCCGCACGGUACGAUUUGGAUCGGUUUGGGAUCAUUUUCAGGCCCAGCCCUAGGCAGUCGGAUUGCAUGAUUGUUGCUGGUACUCUCACCAAUAAGAUGGCCCCUGCCCUCCGCAAAGUGUACGACCAAAUGCCCGAGCCAAGGUGGGUUAUAUCCAUGGGAAGCUGCGCGAAUGGUGGCGGUUAUUACCACUACUCGUAUUCAGUCGUACGAGGUUGUGACAGGAUUGUUCCAGUAGACAUCUAUGUUCCAGGUUGUCCACCUACUGCCGAGGCCCUUCUCUAUGGACUUCUCCAACUCCAGAAGAAGAUCAAUAGGCGCAAGGAUUUCCUCCAUUGGUGGACCAAGUAAAAGGAAUUGGUUUCGCAGAUUUCGCUGUGUGUUUGUGGAAAAUAAUCGAACCGGUUGUAGCUUCUUUUUUUUCCGACUGUAUUUGCUAAGGAAACGGAGAGAUGUAUUUGGAUCGUAACUUGUUUGUUUUUUACUUUCCGUUGAUCGUAAUCUUCGAAGGCUUGUCUUAUGGUUAAUGUUUGUAUUUCCCAUUCAAUAAAGAAUACAUGAUGUCUGUGUGCCUUCUUUAUAAGGGGCUUAUUGAAGUAUUGAACAAUAUUCAAUAUUAAUAUUGGAGAAAGUCCAUCUUCGUUUUGGGAUUUUAA